CAGACAGUCAACGGGCACAUCUCAAGCGCAGCAGACGCGAGUCUACUAUUUGUAUCUCAAUCUAUCUACGAAGCCAAUCUCCUUAGCUACCGCUUCUCUUUAUUUGGCAACAGGCUGGCAAAACAAGCAAGGCAAAACGGCCAAUUUGCGUGUGUGCUGCUGCUGUUGCUGUUGAGAUUGAUUUCGUUUUCGAUUUCGGUGGUUGCGUGAAAGUCGUUCGAGCAUUUCGAAGACUUUAAAGUUCAAUGCAUUAAUUAAGGAUACAAGCGAGAGACGACAAAACACAGCAACAAGUGAAAACACUCAAAUAAUACUAAAAACAAAAUCAUUAUCCCGCCAAAGCUGCCAAACACACAAAAGAAAAGCUAUCAUUAUGCUGUUUCUCACAAAGAGUUCAAGUGCGCGACGCUCGGUGCUCGCCUUGCUGCUGGCAUUGUGCUGUCUGAGCAGCGCAUUGGGCGCCAAAAUCACUAAAAAGGUCGAAAAGCCGCCGGCCAAUGCCAAUAACAAUGAAGACAAUGCAGAGACAGCAGUCGAAGCAGCCGUAGAAGCUGCCCAGGCAGCUAUAGAAAACGCGGCCAACGAUGACGAUGACGAUGAUGAUGAUGACGAUGAGGAUAUCGUUACCAAUGACAACGAUGAUGAUGACGACGACGACGAUGAUGACGAUGAGGAGGAAAAGGUGAAGGAGAAGGUGAAGAAGCAGAAAGUGAAGAAGCAAGCUGAUAAGGAUGCCGCGGUAGCCACAACAAACAACAAGAACGAAGUGAAGCCUGCCGUUGAUCCCACAGAUCUGAGUGUUUGGGGCAUGGUCCGCACACUUUGGAGUUGGCUGCGCAGCGAUCUGAGUGAAAGUCUUUUCGGCGACGACGAUGAAAAACCAGCAGCCACAGCAUCAGCCGUGGAGGGCCGCACGUUUGGCAAGAUUCGACGUCUGCAAAUGGCAUUGAUACCCAUCAUCUUCAAGUUUGGCGUGCUCUCAGCCAUGGUAGCAUUCCUCGUGGCCAUCGGCAUGAAAUCUCUGUUCCUGCUCAAGGUGCUCGUUGUGAUGAAUGCUUUGGCUAUUUUGGGCAAAUUCUUGACCCUCAAGACGAGUCUCUUUGGCUCGUAUGAGAAUGCGGCACCCAGUUUCAGUUAUCCCGGCUGGAAUCCACAUGCCAAGGAAUCUUGGGGACCAACUGGCCUAAGUGGCUCGGGACCAGCAUCGCCUCAUCAUCCUCCACCCAGCAAGGAGAUUCAUUUGCACAUUCACGGCAAUGCUCAGACCCAAGCACAGCUGGCCAAUCAAGUUGGCUACAACUAUGAGUCGAGCAAUGGUUGGGCCAGUCGCUCGGAUCCCUAUGGCGCCUAUAUGCCAACGGGACAGUAUCAGGAGCAGCACGUUGAGGUGCCAAACAACACGGAUCCCAUGUCGCUGCUGCCCACAAAGUAUCCGGCGCGUAGCUUGAUACGCUGAUUGGACGGAGGGGGGCUUUCAGAGUGCGGCCAACGACCACCGAGUAAACAAUUUAGUCAGCGACUUUUCAUGGGGGCGCAGCUUUACGUAAUUAAAACCGUUUGAGUUAGGACCUACAAGUUAAUUAAAUUAUUUUCACUGUAAAUAGCUGUAAGAUGAACCAACGCCUGUAACUUAUUUAUUUAUAAUAAAGUCUAAGCAUAUUUAAAACAAAAUAUAUAAACAAAA